AUGACUCAUUACACACCGGCGCGCGUACCAACACAAGCACAAUGGGACCACGUCAGUAAUUUAGAAUUAGCUGAUCCUGAAUUCCUUAAUUCUGAUCCCAUCAACCUUAUCCUAGGGGCCGACUUAUAUAGCGUCAUCCUUCGGGACGGACUCCGAAAAGGCGCUAUUAACGAACCUAUUGCUCAGAAUACCGCUUUCGGCUGGAUUCUUUCCGGAUCCAUGGCCGAUUCCAAUUCCAAUACCGUGUGUACACACCACGGGACCGUUUUCGACGGUCUCGAACAAGCGCUCCGUCGAUUUUGGGAAAUCGAGGACAUACCGAAUCCUAGUUUUCCAAGCCCGGAAGACCAACGAUGCGAGGAACAUUUCCUCGCAACUCAUCAUCGAGAUGCCGAAGGACGAUACGUCGUACGUCUUCCGUUCCGAACCCGGCCCCCAAUAAAGCUCGGCGACUCCCGAGCUAUCGCUUUAUCGAACUUGCACCGCGUGGAGCGACAGCUUCAACGUGCUCCUGCUACCGCCGCGGAAUAUUCCGCGUUCCUAGAAGAAUACCAGCAACUCGGUCACAUGGAGAAGAUCGGUCGGUUCGAAGCUCCAGACCGAGCACCGGAAUAUUAUAUUCCACACCGAGCGGUGAUCCGCGAACAUAGCGAUACGACACGACUCCGAGUCGUUUUUAACGCUUCGUGCCGAACUACCAAUG